AUGGCAACAGACUGGUCCCUCGACUUCUGCCUGGUCUGUGACCGGCAGACCCUCGGAGCUCCAUACUGCUCCCAAUCCUGCCGCCUCGCCGAGCUCGACUUUAGCUCCGACGCCUCCCUCUCUGCCGGCAGAAACGCCCCCGCAGAGACGGUGCGGUCGACACGAAGCCCCGAGCCUGUCGCCCGCGACGAUCAAGCACGAGCACGCGUGCUCUCGCCGUCCUCGUCGCAGACGUCCCUCUCCUCCAUGAAGAGCCACUCAUCGCAGGCGUCCGCCGCCGCGCUGGUGGAUCAGUUUCAGAACGAACUGCGCGAUUACGCGAAUUGUUUCGAUCCGGUCCGCGACUUGAAGAGACGCUUGACCGCUUAG